AUGGAGGAUUUCAUUGCGAUGCAAACUCUCUCUAGGCUAGAAUCUAUGAUGGAGCGCUUUGUGGUGACACAAACCCUCAAGAAUGAAGAGUUCGGAAAACAAAGUCUCCAUACUAAUGAAACCAUUAGGCAACUAAACAUUGUGGUUGAGUCCCUCGUGACUCUCAACAAGGCAUUGGAGACUCAAAUUUCCUUACUUGCACAAACACCUCUAGGACCCUUCUCUGAGAAACAUGUGGAUGUUGUAGCUACCAAUAGUGAAAUACAAAUCGAAAGUCUUAAGGAGAGUAAUAAUGUGGUUGAGGAGAGUUCUGGUGAGAAAACUCUACCGGCACCACCCAAAAGGGAGGUUAUCAAAGAGGUAGAGAAAUAUGUGUUUUAUGUUAUUCCUCCUUCCUAUAACCCACUGGUUCUUUUCCCACAAAGGUUUGUGGAAGCUAAGGUAAAAUCUCAAUCCAAAAGAUGUAUAGAUGUAUUGGAGAAUAUCCACACUAAUACAUCUUUGUAUGAGGUCCUACAUAAAAAGAGAAAAUUAGAGGACCAUGAAACUAGGGAAAUCAUUAGUGUAAUAAGGGGAAGGUUAGCUUUUGAGGCAGUGGAUUAA